AUGGCCCGCACCCGCAGCCCCCUGGCCGCCCUGCUCCUGGCGGCGGCCGCGCUGUGCCUCGGGGCGCAACUCCUGGCCCCGGCCUUCCUCCAGCCGAGCCCGGCCAGGACGCAGGAGGUCGACCCGGCCCUGGCGGGCGCCCUCGCGGGCUUGAUGGCGCUCCCCGGCGACGCGCUGGCGGAGGGAGGGAAGAUUCCGGGAGCCCCCCUCGCCGGCUCGCCGAUCUGCCUCUCGAAGCCCUUGGUGUGGCUCAUCUACCCGCUGUGCGACCUGGUCUUCCUCACCUCGCCCAUCUCGGGGGACGCCGGCUGA